AUGUCUUCCGCCGUAGCGGAAUUGGAGAAUUAUCUCCAGUCCAUGCUGGCCCUGAAGCCACCUGGAGUAUCUGGAUCCAAAAUCCAGGGUAUCACCACCCUCUGCACUGCGAAUGUUCAGAAUGAAUCUGUUCUUAUCCAAAAGAUUUUCACCCAUUUCAAGAAGGCCCCGGGCACCCACAAGUUGGGAGUACUCUACGUCGUAGACUCUGUAACCCGGCAGUGGGUAGAAGCUGCUCGCAAGGCUGGACAGCCUCCUGGCACUGCUGCACCCGACGGCACUUUCGCCGCUGGAGUCAACCGAGUGACUGAACUCUUGCCUGUGCUUAUGACCGACAUUAUAAACAAUGCACCCCACGAUCAAAAGGAGAAGAUCAAGAAACUUAUUGACAUUUGGGAACGCGGCCAAACAUUCCUGCGCCGAUGCUCUCUUCUUUCCGAGAGAAUCGAAUCCACCACGCCGGAAGGAUCGCCGGCUCCAGGUUUCAACCUUCUGGGUGGACAAGCCGCUCCAGCAAACGGUUCGGCUGCUGCCCCGGACACCUCCAGUAUCUUGAAGGCGCUAGCGGACAUGGCCAAAGCUAAUACUGGAGCCCCCGCCGCUUCACAGGCUUCGGCUCCUGUUCCUGCUGCAUUGAAUCAUCAAGCCCCUCAAGCCCAGGGUGCUUUCAAUCUGACCCCCGACCCGUCCCUGGCCAACCCCUAUGGCGCAGCUGGCGCCAUGGCCACCAACCCGUUCGCUGCUAUGGGUGCCCUCGGCCAGAACCCAAUGGGUCAACCUCAAAGCCAGAGCAACACACCCAAUCCAUUGACGUCCGCUCAAAACCCUUUGGCCGCAAUGAUGCCCCAGGCUGGUGCCCCGGCACCCGGUAUGCCUGAUGGCAAUGCCUUGGGCCAGCAGCUUCAGCUUCUACAGUUGCUUGCUUCACAGGGGAUUCCUCAGGACCAAUGGGGCGCGGCGAUCCAGAUCUACAACAUGACCAACCAGAUGGGUUCUGUCAACCCUGGACAGGUGCCCACCCUCCCCGGCAUGCCCGGUAUGCCCGGUAUGCCCGGCAUGCCUGGUAUGCCUGGUAUGCCUGUUCCCGGUGCUUCCGCCUGGGGUGCUCCGGGUGCACAGAGCCGUGACAGCGCCGAUCGAGAGCGCGACUACAAUCGCUCUCCUGGUGGAUAUCGCCGCCGUUCUCGUUCUCCUGGAUGGGAUCGCGGACGCCGUACUGCUUCCCCGCCGCGUCGUCGUGACAGCCCUGUCUAUGGAGACUACGGCGAUUCACCCGGGCGUCGUGGUGAUGCCCGUGGCCGCCGUGGUAACGAACCGUACCGCCAACGCAGUCCUCCUGGCCGCAGACGUCGCUCCCCCACUCCGCCGCAAAAGGAUCCCAACCUGCCCCCUCCGGGUCCCAAGCUCAUUGAGUGGGACUACUCAAUCGGUCAGGGCAACAUGAAGGUACUCAGCCGAACUCUCUUCGUUGGCGGAGUUACUUCCACCGAAUCUCAACUUAGGGAUCUAUUCAGCAAAUUCGGCAUCGUCCAGACUUGCAUUGUCAACAUCGACAAGCGCCAUGCCUUCAUCAAAAUGAUCAGUCGCCAGGACGCCGUCAGCGCCCGUGAUGGAAUGGAGUCCUUCCGCACCGGUGAAAUGCAACUCCGCACCCGCUGGGGUGUUGGCUUUGGUCCUCGCGACUGCAGCGACUAUCAAACCGGUGUUAGUGUCAUCCCGAUCGAGCGACUGACCGAGGCCGAUCGCAAGUGGAUGCUCACCGCAGAGUACGGUGGUACUGGUGGACGUCCCAUCGAGUCAGGAAUGGUCGUCGAAGAGCCCGAUAUCGAAAUCGGCGCCGGUGUCUCCUCCAAAGCCAUCAGUCGGCGUAUUGCCACCGACACAGGUGGUAAGCGUGGCCCUCAAUCGUCCCGCAGCCAGCCCACGAACGAGCGCUUCGGCGGCGGCGGCGGUGGUGGUGGUGGUGGUCGCCGCCAGGAACGCGACGGCUUCGGAGGCGCCAAUAAUGCUGAGCGCGAUUAUACGAACCGGGCAAGCAAUCCCUCUGUCCCUCCUCCAGUCCCAGCAUACGGCUUCAACUUCGCCAGCAUGCCCAUGCUUCCGCCCGGCUUCAUGAUGGGCGGUCAAGCUGGCCAAAUGCCUGGUCAGCAGCCUCCGCCUCCGGGCCAAGGAAACUAA